GUUGGAUUGGGGGUGAGAUGAGGUAGUGGAUCAGCGACAGAGGAAGGGAAUGAAUUAGCCCAAUUCUUCAAAAAAGUAAUUGGAUUAAAGUGGUUCUGGUUAAAAUUGGAGGUAGGACAGUGGUCCGACAUUCGAUCGCAAGUUAACAGCGGUAUCAGAUCUCCUUUACCCUUUUCACUGGAAGUAAGGAAACUAGAAACACAGACAAUAUGCCAGUUGACCUGAAUGGGUAUUGGAAAAUGAUCUCCAAUGACAACUUUGAGGAGUACAUGAAAGCCCUCGAUGUAAAUGUUGCCAUUAGGAAAAUUGCCAACUUGUUGAAGACUGACAAAGACAUCAGUGUUGAUGGUGAUCACAUGGUCAUCAAGACCCUCAGUACCUUUAAGAACUACAACAUGGAUUUCCAUGUUGGCAAGGAGUUUGAGGAGGAUCUGUCAGGGGUCGAUGACAGAAAAUGCAUGACAACUAUCUCAUGGGAGGGGGACAAGCUGGUGUGUGUUCAGAAGGGAGAGAAGGAGGGCCGAGGCUGGACCCAUUGGAUGGAGGGAGAUAAGCUUUAUUUGGAGCUGAGAGUUUGUGGAGUUGUGUGCAAGCAGGCUUUCCAGAAAACCUAAACCAGCACUGGAACAACAGAACGGCGCACCCGGCCUGAGAGGGCAAGACAGACAUGAACAUGACCCGAGCCUGCGACAGAGAACCCCUAUUGUAAUCAUCUGUCUGCCCAUCCAUCCAUUCUUCCUUAUUUCCAUCCACCCUUUUACAUUUAAUUCCAUCAAGACUGUUACAGUGCCCCACUCAAACUAUCCACAACAGGGGAGAUGUAACAAAAAGGAAAACAACUGUUCAUCACUGUACUGUAACUCUGUCUCAGGGCGGGUGCUCAAUUGAUUAACAUGUUAAAUGUGUGUGUACGCAUUUGCACUGCAGUAGGUGUGGUAGGCUUUGUGAUUAGUGCCUCAAUCUCUGAUGAUGCACCGGACUGAUAACUGGUGGUAAGCUUGACCACUACCAAGGAAGGUUUCAGUGUAAAGUCAACUAAUAUUUGGGCCAUGAGAGAAGCAGUGAAAUGAAUUCAAACACACAAACUUUGGAUGCUACAUUUUAGGAUACAUAAAUAAAUGAAAAAUCUGUAUAGAAAAUAGUGAAGUAAAUAAUAAAUGUAAGAAGAUGUGAUCAUGUAACCAGGAAAGCUGGAUAUGAAAAAGACAAGUGGAUUAUUAGUUGGAUUCAUGAAAUUGAACGUAAAAAAUGUAAUUAAAAAAAUCCACAGUU